GCAAUACAAUAGCUUUCUUUUUAGUUGUAUCUAAAAUAUUAAAUACAUUUACCUUUACCGGAAGACUGCCUUUUCACCCGGAAGUUAUUCACCGAACUCUAAGAAAGAGGACGCAAAACAUCAAUGGGAGUCACUUGUGUGUGCCAGGUGCCGGUGACAGAGGGGAAGAGCGUGCAGCAGACAGUGGACGCCCUGCACAAGAAGCUGGAGCAGCUGGGUGCUGUGAAGCAGGGCAGUUUCUGGGUGGACUGUGAGACAUACCAUCCAACAGGAAAUGUCAGCGGUCAGCCUUCCAAACUCUUGUACGUGAUGCACAACUCUGAAACUCCUCUGAGCUGCAUGGGUCUGUUUGAAGGUGGACCCUGCCUGAUAGCAGAUGCAAACUUUGAUGUUCUCAUGGUAAAGCUAAAAAGUCACUUCCAAAAUGCCAAGGCACAUAAGGUGGAGUGUCGUGGUUCUAGAUACCGCUACUGUGACUUCUUGAUAAAGGUUGGCACUGUAACAAUGAGCUCCAGUGCCAGAGGGAUAUCAGUAGAGGUGGAGUACUGCCCCUGUGUGGUUCCAGGGGACUGCUGGAAUCUCACAAAGGAGUUCAUGCAGUCCUUUCUAGGAACCAGUGUCCCCGAACUGCCUUCUGUGUUUGCUGCCAAGCCUGAAGGACUCUUCGCACCAUCAGACUGCGUUGACACCAUGACUCAGUACCUGGAGUUGUUCAACAAACUUCGUAAAAUGCAAAUGCCAGGAAGUAAUGUGCGUUGAGUGAUCAAUGGCAAAGGAGAGAACUUUUUUGUAUAUUUGUAUUUUUGUAGCUUUAAUUCUGUCCCCCUGGAUCGGCAUGUUCUUUGGGCAAUUUUUUUUAUAAAGCCUGAUUUUUAUUUAAAUCUCUGGAGCCUCAAUGCAUCUCUUUAUAAAUGUAAUAAAGAGACUUCAAGUUGACAUAAAACAAUCUGUAUUCAUGUAUUCACAAUACACAUUUGUUACAGAUUACACUAACAAUAUCUCUGUUCUGUUCUAGUGUCUCAGUGAAUAUGGAUAAGGGCUGAAUUUAAUUGAGCAAAAAGGUUAUUAUUUACAACUUUAAACUAUCUAAAUGUUAUUUCUACCACUGGUGUUAAGGCAGGUCAAAAUGCCUGCUCUGUGACCCUUAGUAUGAAUAAACGAAUCAGAAUCAGUGAAACAAAAGAGACGUACAUGGUGUUAAUACAAAGGAUUAAAUCAUGUCUCUGAAAGGUUAUAGAGAAAAACGUUGUUUCAUUUUCCAAUGUCAGAAUGGUGUAUUAAAACAAGUGGAAAACAC